AUGGCUUUCGACGCAGCAUCCCAAGUCAAUGUUGGGGCUCUCAGUGCCAUAUUUGACGAAACUAAGCCUCAAGUGCGGGAGCCAGUUGUUCAAUGCGUCCAGAUCAAGGCCUUGCCAGCUCAGCCUGGCCAACCAGAACGUUACCGGGCAGUCUUCAGCGAUAUUGCAAACUAUGUUCAAACCAUGCUUGCCACACAAGCCAAUCCCGUGGUGACAGAUGGAUCCCUUCGUAAGGGUUGUUUUGUGCGACUGAAGUCAUUCCAAUCAAACUCCGUCAAGGGCAAGAAAAUCCUCAUCAUUUUGGACCUUGAAGUUUUGAAAGAACUAGGCGAGGCUGAAAAAAUUGGUGAACCCAAACCACUCGAGGUCAAGGCCGAGGAAGGGGAAGUGAGUCAGCCGACGACGAUCUCCAGCAAUGGGUUUUACGGGGCCAAGGUAGAAGGCGCGCAGGUCCAGCCAAAUCGCCGAGCUCAGCCCAUGGCUGCCCCUGCGGCUACCCCCUCUGCUCAUGCUACAAUCUACCCCAUCGAGGCUAUCUCCCCAUAUUCCAAUAAAUGGACCAUAAAAGCUCGAUGCACGAGCAAGUCCGCCAUCAAAACAUGGCACAACAAGAAUGGUGAGGGCAAACUUUUCAGUGUCAAUUUAUUGGAUGACAGUGGUGAAAUUCGUGCCACUGGUUUCAAUGACCAGUGUGACAUGCUCUAUGAACUCUUCCAGGAGGGAGGUGUCUAUUAUAUUUCAAGCCCCUGCCGCGUCCAAAUUGCCAAGAAGCAAUUCACAAAUCUCAACAACGACUAUGAGCUCGCAUUUGAGAGGGAUACUAUUGUUGAGAAGGCCGAAGAGCAGAAUGAUGUGCCUCAGAUUCGGUUCAACUUCACCACUAUUGCUGAUUUGCAAACUGUCGAGAAAGACACGACCACUGAUGUCAUUGGCGUGUUGAAGGAUGUCGGGGAGACAUCUCAGAUCAUGUCAAAGAGCACUGGUAAACCUUAUGACAAACGGGAGCUUACAUUGGUUGACAACACUGGAUUUUCCGUCCGUCUGACAGUCUGGGGCGCCUCUGCAAAUAAUUUCAAUGUGACACCCGAAUCUGUUGUUGCUUUCAAAGGAGUGAAGGUCUCUGACUUCGGCGGACGGAGUCUGAGUCUUUUGAGCUCGGGCUCAAUGACAGUUGAUCCUGACAUUGGGGAGGCUCACCGACUCAGAGGCUGGUAUGAUGCUCAAGGCAGGUCGGAGAAUUUUACAUCUCAUGCUUCGCUGUCCAAUGCCACCAACUCCGGGGGCAAGAAGGACCAAUUCAAAACCGUUGCACAGGUCCGCGAAGAACAACUGGGCAUGUCCGAAACACCCGACUACUUCUCUCUGAAAGCAACAGUGAUCUACAUCAAGCAGGACUCUACCUGGAGCUACCCUGCCUGCCUUUCUGACAAUUGUAACAAAAAGGUAACGGAGCUUGAUCCGGGGCAUUGGCGAUGUGAGAUGUGUGACAAGACUCACCCAAAGCCGGAAUAUCGCUUCAUCAUGCCCAUCAGUGUCAGCGACCAUACUGGCCAGCUGUGGCUCAGCUGCUUUGAUGACACCGGAAGAAACAUCAUGGGCACCUCUGCUGAUGAACUGAUGCAACUUCGUGAAGACGACCCUAACGCUUUCGGUGAAGUAUUCCAAUCUGCGAAUUGCCAGACCUGGAAUUUCAGGUGCCGAGCCAAGAUUGACAACUUUGGCGACCAGCAACGUGUGCGAUACCAAGUUCUGUCGUCCCAGGCAAUCAAUUACUCGGAAGAAGCAUCUCGACUUGCCGAUAUCAUCAACUCUUACGCCAUUGAGUAG